AUGUUCGAUGGAGACGUUCUGAUGGUAAUUGAUACGCCUUGCCCAUUACAAUGCAAUGCCGUACCUGCACCAGUCACGCUGGUCAUUGCGAGCCAACAAGAUGCCGCCUUCGCUUUCGUUUCUCUGGCUAUAGUGCUCUGCUGCUUUCUAAGUUCUGGCUCGGCGCCUGCUGAUGAAGAACGUUACCGGGAACUAGUCAAGGAGAAUGAGGAAUUGCAAAAAAUAAUCACACAGGUGACUAAACGUAGUUAA